CGUAACAACCACUUACCAGCGAAUACUUUAGUUUUGCAAAAAUGUUGUAGCCGAGUGCACGCGACCGUCACAUUUUAUACGAAUUACGACAAUUUAUUUCGGUUUCCGUUCGAAUUGUUUGUUGGUUUUUACGUUCGUUUCCUAGUUUUGCGUUUCGGAUUUUAGAAUUAGAUCGAAUAAACAGAAAUCAUCGAGUCGCAGCAGAAUACCAAGUACGAGUACAACGCAUUCAAAAUGAGUAAAACAUUGGGAGUGGGAGGUGAUACCAUAAGGGCGAUGGACAGCAUUUGAAUAACACUUUCUCGCUGCUAGAAAAAUCCGAGGAUAAAUUCGGUGCAACGAUGUCUCCUCUCAAAAGAUAGAUGAAUGUAAAUCGCGCAUGUUUUUUGGUCGAAACUCGAGCCGUAAUAAGAUGAAAUACGUAACGAUAAAAUGCGUAGCUGAAGCGGUGACGGGCUGGCGUGAUUUAAUGACAGAAUUCGCGACGGCGGCGUCAACGACGAGCAAAACGUAUUUUCAUCGGUACAUACAAAAGGCGAAGGCGAACCAACGUACGAGUAUAAUGAACAUCGACUGGACGCCGAAUUAUUGGCUGCGAUAAUAAUUAAGUAGGUAUGUCGAAAUUAGCGCCGGCAACGUUGGCAGUGUGGUGGUUGAUGGUUGCAGUGUCGGCGUCGGCGUCGACCCCGAGUCCGAGUCCGAGUCCGAGUCCGAGUCCGGCCACUCAAAUUACUUGUCCGCAGGAAUGCGCGUGUUCGCAGAUAGAGGGUAAAAACGUGACCAUCUGCCAGCUGAGAGGUCUGAAUUCGAUACCGCGAGGUAUCCCGAAGCGGACCAAUUUUCUGGACGUGGCCGGCAACCGGAUCGAGACGCUGGGCGAUAAGGAGUUCUGGUCGAGGGGCUUAUUCGGACUGGAGACGAUAGUUAUGGACAGCUGCGGGGUGCGCGAGGUGCGCAAAACCGCCUUCGUCGGUUUGAAAUGGCUCAAGCAGCUGGACCUGUCGAGUAACGAGAUCGCGACGUUGGACCGGUACGUGUUCGCCGACAACAAGCUGCUGGAGAUGGUGAAUCUGAGCGGCAAUCCGAUUCGCACGCUGGCCAGCUUCCAGUUCACGGCGUUGCCGAUGCUCAAGCAGCUCGACUUGAGCAGCUGCCAGCUGAGCGUGGUCGAGCCGGAGGCGUUUUCCAAUCUGCUCUUUGUGCAGCGCCUCAGCCUGCGCAACAAUUCGCUCGCCACGCUGCCUACGGACGUGUUCACGUGGCUGCGCUACCUCGACGAUUUGGACCUGCACGCGAAUCCGUGGCGAUGCGACUGCGACGUGCAGAGUCUGUUCGUGCUGCUCACCAUACGACGACUGUAUACGCGCGACCUGAGCUGCACCUACGAGGCGGACAACAAGACCAACCUGUGGGAGCACAUGGAAAGCGUCCACCUGGACUGCGUUCCCAGCAUCGACAGCAGCGUCAAGCAGAAUCUCAUCAGCCUGCCCGAGCGUCUGUACAAGACGCAGCGUUUCCACAAAAUGGACACCGGCAAAAAAAUAUUCUCUAGUCAAAGCGUAGAAUCGUCUUUCCUGCCGAUCGCGUUGAUAAGCGUCGCCGCGACCGUCUCCUUUUUGGGCUUGGUCAGCUGCUACGCCAAAUGUCGCCGAAAUUCCAACUCCGACUCCGACUCCAGCUCCUGCUGCACGUGGUCGUGGUGCUGCUGUUUCCUGCCACCGUGGCGAAGAAAACACCACGAUUUCGACGACGACGACGAUUACGAUUUCGAAAAGACGUGUUACAGUAAUUUCGACGAAGACUGCAGCGAUAUCAGUUUAACGGUAGAAUUGUGAUUUGAGAGCCUACCUAGUACCACCUACCUAUUCCCUAUGAAUCGCAUUCGCAUCCCCCCACUCUUUUUGUUAUUUUCGUUUUUUGGUCGCGAUAGAGUCUGAAAUGUUUACUUAUCGCUUACUUACGAAUGAAGAAGCGACGAGUACGAGGUUAUUUUGCUUCAAUGUGUACGACAACGACCCGCAGGUCUACAUAGGUAAUUAGAUACACGAUGUUGUUCUAGCUACCUGAGAUUUCUCGUAACAUAGGAAGAAUGAGGAACGUACAAAAUACGAGUGCAUCAUCGGUGCAGCACUCUCGCUGCAAAGGGCAAUGGCAAACUGCUCGAGUGAUUAGCGAUUCAUUAAGUGUGAUAAGACUUUGUUUCCUACUCGCGAGUUUAAUUUUAGUCUUUCUUUCUUUCUUUCUUUUGCUGUUCUUAUUAUGUACUUUCUUUGAUGUUAAAAAGGUUACCUUUUUCUGAAGAAUCUAAUCCGCGUGAGUUACAAAAUAGUAAGUUAUAAGAAGAAUUAGGAAAAUUGAUUUCUCAAUUUUUGUGCAAUUUAAUAAGUAACUAUAUGCGGAUGCCGCGUGUAAUUACGUAUAUUUUUAUAAUAUUAUGUAUGUUGAUAAAUAGAUGAUAUACAAUUGUU